UGGCACACAUCCGAUUUAAAUCGUCUUUUUGAAAAGAGUACUACGCCGGUAAAUAAAUCGCUUACAAUGGAUAUAUAAUAUAUUUGUUACGCUUUUAUUCUUUAAACAUGUCCAAAGGAAGAUAGCACUAACAAGACGGCCCAAGAAAUAUAUAAAUGAUUGAGCGGAAAUAUCCCCAUUUUGUGCUGCACCGACUGUCGCCAUGUUCAAAACGGCGAAGCUUUAUUGUGCGUCCAGGAUUUGUCCAGCAAUGCUUUUUAAAUAAAGAAACGGCUUGUUUGAAUCAUUUCAGGCAAACAACAUGAUUGAGCUUCCCAACUACAGCAGCCAGCUGAUGCAGCAGCUGUGGGCUCUGAGGACGGAAGACCACUUUUGUGACUGCACUAUCCUUGUAGGAGGCAACCCUCACCGUGCACAUAAACUGCUGCUGGCGGCUUCCAGUAUGCUCUUCAGGUCACUGCUGCAGAGUUCUGACACAGUCUCCAUUGACACAGCGUUGGUCUCCUCGCAGGAGUUUGACUGCCUGCUGGACAUGGUCUACACGGGCAAGCUGCCUCUCGGCAAGCACAACGUGAGCCGGAUCAUCGCAGCCGCAGACAGCCUGCAGAUGUUUGACGUGGCUGUGAGCUUUAAAAACGUCCUCACCAACAUCAUCAACCACCAGCCGUCUCCCUCCUCCACUUCUCUGACAUCCACACACAUCACAACCUUGCCCUCAACCAACAAACUCGAAAGUGAGAGUUCAAAGAGUCCAAAUCCUGACGCUACAGCUCCACCGUGUUCGGAUGUGUCAGUUGAUGGUGCGAUGAAAUCAACGGAGAAAAAUGACAGUGGAGAGGAGCCCCCAUGUAAAAAAGUCUGCCAGGAGCUUUCAAAACCCUCUGCGUCUGAAGAAAGUGUUGCACCUGCAAGUGCAGACGAAGAGUCCACCAAGUCCCCGCCUGCUUGUUUGCAGUUGAUGGAGCUCCUCGCUAACAUGCCAGAUGUUGUCCAGCUGCUAAGUCAAGCAGCUCACAGCUGUCUGGAUGAAGGGGAGAGACAGCUUGUGAAAGAGUCAUGUGACCUUUCGGAUGCUAAAUCAUCGGUGAAGAAGUUGAUGAGUGACGUGGAGAAGGGACUCAUCGGCGAGCACGCUCUCCUAAGGCUGCUGCUCUGUGUCCAGCAGAAAGCUCCGUCCUCCUUCCCUGUAAAGCUGCUCUCUCAGCUGCAGGACACAGACAAAAUCGCUCAAGGGCCAGACGGACACCAGAUUGAAGCUAAGGAGGACAGCACAAGUGACAUGAAGUCUGCUGACGAGGAAGAUGAAGACGCGUCCAGUCUAUCUUCCAAGUCGUACUGCUGUCACUGGUGCAAGAAGACUUUUGCCUACAGGUGUCGACUGCUGGCCCACAAGAAGCGAUGCACCAAGUCUGGGGACGCCCAGCUGCAGUGCCCACAUUGUCCCGACAAGAUGGCCAACCAGCGUGCUCUACAGCGCCACCUAACUGACGCUCACCCCAACAGUGACGGAGCCAAGAAGAAGAAGACAAGCUGUGACCUCUGUGAACGGACUUUUGCGCACCCAUCAGGUAUGAUUUACCACAGGAGGACAGAGCACUUUGACGAGAAGCCGUUUGCUUGCAAGACAUGCGGUGCCAGGUUUUCCGCUACCUCGUCACUGAAAAAUCACAUGCGGCUGCACACGGGAGAGAAACCAUACCGCUGUAAACACUGCGACAUGAGUUUCAGCGUGACGGCGGCACUGUCGUACCACACCAAGAAAAAACACUCCGAGGGCAAGAUGUACGUGUGUCAGUAUUGCAAGGCCGUCUUUGCCCAGUCCAUUGAGCUGUCGCGACAUGUGCGAACACACACUGGCGAUCGCCCAUACGUGUGUCGGGAAUGCGGUAAAGGUUACAUUCAGGCCAGUGGAUUGACUGCACACCUGCAGACUUUUCAUAACAUGCAGCAUCCUCUGGACUGUCUAAAGUGCUGCCUCAGCUUCCAGACUUUAGAGGAGCACCAGAAGCACGUAGCGGAAUUCCAUGUUAAAGAUUUCCACAAGUGUUCCACCUGCAAUAAGGUGUUCACCAGCACCGUCCUACUGGAAAAACACAAGACUCUACACACGGGAAUCAAACCUUUCACUUGCAACCUGUGCAACAAGUCUUAUCAGCAACUGUCUGGACUGUGGUACCACAACAGAACCAAUCACCCUGACAUAUAUACCAGCCAAACGCGACAGCUGAAGACUUUGGUCCAGUGUGAGACCUGUUUCCGAUUCUUCCCCAGUUCCGCCAGCUUGGCCAAACACACACAAAGUGAACAUGAAGGUCUUGCAGCAUCUUCCAUACACUGCCCGCAUUGUCAAAUAGUGUUUGGCGGGCAUGAUGAGUUGCAGGAACAUAUCAACUCCCAGCACACCAAAGGUGUCAAUCAAUGGAUCUGUCCACUGUGCGACCUUGUUAGCUCCUCCCACUUGCAGCUGCAGGAGCACCUGUCUUCCCACAUGGAGGCACAGGAAGAAAGUGAGGAGCAAACUGCUACAACACACAAGGCAACAUCUGAAGAGCAAGCAGCAGGUGAUGGUUCUGCUGAGCACCCUCAACUAGCUGUCACCCAACAGGUGUUUGUGGCUGUAGACAACCCAGCAGAGGUGGUGGAGGUCAACAUGUUUGACCUCCUGAACAAUUCUGUCACCUUCAUCUGUGAAGACAAAGCACCCGAAACAUCGUAGUUCAUAGCAGCCUUUUGUCAGGAAAUUCCUUGCAACAUUAAUUAUAUUUAUGGAUUUUCCCUCUCGGCAAAUAUUCUUCAAAGCAAGAAAACUAAGACUACGUUUACACUGCAGGCCAAAGUAGAUUUAAAAAAAAUAAUGUGAUUGGCAACACUAAAUGUGUGAAUGAUGUCUGUCUGAGGAUGUACCCUGCCUUCAGCCCGAAUGCAGCUGGGCUAGUUAGGCUCCAGCACCCUCUACACCCUCCAGAGGGACAAGCGGUAGCAUACGGAUGAUUUUUGCAGUUGUGUUUACACUGCAAGUAAAAUGUGAUCUUUAUCAGACUGUAAACUGGCACAGGCCCCAAUGUGGCCUCAACGUCACUUGCAAGCGCAGUUGGAUAAAGUGAAAACAAAGGACGUUGACCAGAUUCCCUAAAUCAACAAGGAAGUCGCUACUACUGUCUACUUCUCUUCCUUCAAAUAAUUGUUUUUUUCCUCGUGAAAAUAAAUAAAAGCAAUAUAAUGUAUGAAUGGAUGUCCAAACUGAUAUAUUUGGGAGGGGUCUAAUCUUUUAAUUGCUGUUAAAGUAGAGAUAACACGGACAUCAGUGUGGAUCUUUGUGAGCUUUAUUUUUCAACUCAAACAACUAACGCAAUGUACGUAAAAUGUAAGCAAAUACGUGACAGCAUCAAUUCCUUUAACUAUCGCUAUUUAUUUGGCAUCAAAAAAUACUUUGCUCACCGAAACUGGAUGUUGUGAUGAAGUAUCCACUUCCGUGAGAAGGCUGUCGCUGCGGCUGCAGACUGUACUCUUAAGUCGCGCCCUCAAGCUUGACUACGACAAAAGUGAACAGCGUUUUAAAGACGUGCAAACAGUGGUGCUGAUAAGGUGAGAGUGCACACUUAGUUUGAUCCAAGGUGGCUAAUGUAACGCAUGGUUGGUUGUUGAAUGUAUCGCUUUUUCCAGCUGCACUUCCAUUGUCGUCACCCUUGUGGGCACGUCUUUAAGUUGACUCUACUUCGUUUGGGCACGACUUUUAGACUUGAAGCUUAUGAGACUUAAGAGUAGUUCUGCGCGGCCGUAGCUAGACCUACCUGAUUUCCACUGGCAAGCUGCGUCUUUUUCUGCGCACACAAAUGAGUAGAUUGCUCAAAACUAACGAAAAAGUGUCUCAUUUGAAAAGAUCAGAUUCGGACUGCCUAAAAGUCAGUCACUCAAAUUUUACUUGCAUAGCCCUUAAUCACUAAUUUCUCAAAGGGCUGCACAAACCACAAUGACCUCUUCUCAGCUACCACUUCAGGACAAGAAAAAAACUCAACCCAAUGGGAAUAAUGAGAAACCUUGGAAGGGACCGCAGAUGUGAGGUUCCGACUUGGAACAGCCCCCGAAUCCUUUGUGGAGGCUGAUCUGCGGUCAGCUGAUAACCUCUCAAUGCAGGAGAGGGGGGCAGAGCAGAAAAGAGAGAAAACAGAUCAACUGGUCUAAAAAAGGGUCUAUUUAAAGGCUAGAGUAUACGAAUGGGUUUUAACAUGAGGCUUAGAUACUUCUACUCCUGUCGUGGCCUGAAUCUGCUGCGAAAAGAGCAGAUUAGAAGCACUCUGGAGCAAUGCGUUUCACUUGAGGGCAAACAAAAUCUGAUUUGGUGUGCAGUGUAAACGGGCUUUUAUGUACAUCCAGUUUGCUCUCCAGUCUUUUGAAGUUAGUAAUUAGUCUACCAAUAAUAAUUAGGCAUGUGAAUUAACAGUAUUUUGUGUUCUUGUAUUCUCAAGUCCAAAUACACAAAUAGUUUUUCUGAUAUUUACAUUCCUAAAACAAACAAUAGGAUUACAAUAAAAGAUGUGAUAAGUGUAGAUUUUAAGCUUUACAGAAAAAUAUUCUUUUAACUAAUAAAUGUAUCAAUUAAUUUGGGAAUUGUGAUUCUUUCUUUUAAAGGGGAAGUGCACUUUUUGUGGAUUUGUGCCUAUCAUUCGAAAUCCUUUUGUGAGACAAGAACAUGUUUUUCUUUUUUUAUGCAUUAUAAAGAGUAAAUAAAUACGAACAAGUCUGCUUACAAUGCAGCCGAUGCGAGCCACUGUAUUCUGCCUGUAAAUCCCUUAAAAUAACUCCCAAACACCUCCAUUAAGCUUUUAUAUACAUGAUGUAAGUAUAUAUGUAAUGUAGCAACAGGCACAUUUACAAAAUGUACUUCUUUUCAUAAUUUUAAGCAUAUGCAUGAAUUAAAAAAAACAAAUCAGAAUGUUCACUUUUCUUCCAACAUCACUGAUCACUACUCACUGCAGACUUUGACAGCCAACACAAAUACAUUAAUAAAACAUCACUUACUGUACAGGGUCGGCUGUCAUUAGGAUGCUAAAUGAGAUAAUCAUAUUUUAUUCCCAUUUUGAUAUAGGCUAACUCAAAAAACAGGUGGAACCAAGCGUUUUUUUCAAGUCGUUCUUGCCAUAUCCAGGUCUAAAUUUGCUGUCAAAGUACCAACUUGCCAAAGGAAGCAGCUCACCAGUCAAUGAAGUCUACAUAGGCACAAACACUACACAGGAGUGACCACGGCACCUCUAUAAAUAGUUCGCCUGCGGGGGGAAUCGCUGGAGCCUAUCUCAGCUGCAUCCCUGGACAAGUCGCGUCCUCAUCACAGGGCCAACACAGCUAGGGGAUCAAUAUUCAAGUGACAAAAUGUAAAUGAUGUAUUGUUGGUGCUUUUUGCAUUUUUCUUUAAUUGGUUUUAAUGGGCGGAAUAGAGGAUUGGCUCUGUUGUAAGCAUACUUUUAUUCACAAAUUAGGAAGCAUUAAAAAAAAUACAUCUACCAUGUUCCUCAUUAUGCUUCUCGAUAGGCAAAAUUCCAAACAAGUGCAGUUCCCUUUUAAGUAGAUACAGUACUUUCCAUAAAAUACUGCAAUUCAAAUGAUCGUACAAAAUGAUACAGAAUGUUUCAGUCAAUAAAGUAUUUGAUUUCUAUUA